AACUGAAGUUUCCCCAGGACAGUACAUGGUGUCCGCCCGCUGGAUGACACGCAUAGGACGUACUUUAGCGGUCCAGAGUUGCCCGCUAUUUUUAUAGAGGGAAAAGAAGCGGCUAUGUUCGGCUGGAGACGCUAAACCGAUGACAGGACCGUGAACCACAUCGGAAUAUUUCAUUCAUUUCAACGGUCACUCAUAGAAGGUUACUAAUGGAGGUGGAAUGCCUGGCAUUGAAAGACCUCACAAGUCUGGAAAAAAGUUUCUCAAAGGAGCCGGAAGAAGACGGAGCUCACAGCGAACAAAAGGAAAAUGUCUGUCUGGAAAGGAGGAAACCAACAGACUCCAGCGUUCCAGUUUUCCUUGUGAACAGGAGGAGCUCCGCCUCCGAUUUUGCCCACGUCACUCCCAUCAAGUCAGCGCUCCUGGCCGAGCCGUGGUCGCCCACGGCCAACCUGAAGGUGCUCAUCAGCGCGGCCAGCCCAGACAUCAGAGACAGGGAGAUGAAGAAAGUGCUGUUCAGACCUAUAGAGAACGACAAAGACAAGGCGGAGGGCUCACAAGCUCCGCAGGAGGAUGUAGAAACAGAGGACUCUGCUCAGUGUGACGCGGCUUUUGAAGAGGAAGAUGCGGAUAAGAAGCCGAGCAGGAAGGAGAAGAGCCUGGGUUUACUUUGCCAGAAGUUCCUGGCCCUUUACCCUGAUUACCCACCAGCUCACAGCACCAUUUGGAUCUCACUGGACGAGGUCGCAACUAAUCUGGGAGUGGAGCGUCGGCGUAUCUACGACAUCGUCAACGUGCUGGAGUCUCUGAGCAUCGUUGGCCGGAACGCCAAGAAUAGCUACACCUGGUACGGCCGCCAGCGGCUGGAUGCCACGCUGCAGGAGCUGCAGCGGAGGGGCCGGGAGCAGGGUUACCACCUUCAGAUGGAUCUGCGGGCCGAGGCCAGGAGGACCGAGCACAGCCGGGAGGAAGACGGAGGGGAGGGAGACUCAGGGAACGCUGGGGGAAACAGGAAGGAUAAAUCUCUGCGCAUCAUGAGCCAGAAGUUCGUCAUGCUUUUCCUGGUGUCCAAAACUCAAACCGUAACUUUGGACGCGGCAGCAAAGGUCCUCAUCGAGGAGGGCCGGGACUCCUCGAGCCACAGCAAAUACAAAACAAAGGUACGCCGCCUGUAUGACAUCGCCAACGUGCUGACCAGCCUGGAGCUCAUCAGGAAGGUUCAUGUGAAAGAAGAGAGAGCCAGGAAGCCGGCCUUCAAGUGGCUGGGCCCUGUGAAAUUCAGCAGCCCUGGAAGUUUAGGAAGUGCUUCAGAUGGCGUUAGAAUUGACGGCGCGGUGAACGAGGACUUCAGGAAAGCAAAGAUGGCGAGUCAUUCCUCCUUUAGCAUCACACCAACGACGGUUAGCGUGCAGCGGCAGGUUAGCUCUGCACCCAGCAGCCCGCGACGCCACCUACCAGCAGGCAUCCAGAAUCAGCCUUUGGAUUACACAAGAAAGACCGUGAGCGACGGCCCGGCGUGUGGAAGCAGCAUGGACGGAUGUCUCAGCGUGCCGCUGUACACCCACCUCCCUCCGAGCAGCAGUGGCCCCCUGCCCCACCUCACCCCCUCCCCGCACUGCCUGGCCUACCUGCCCAGCCUCUCCCAGCCGUCCGUCGUCAUGCUCUACAAGGCGCCAGCGCAGCAGGAAUAUUCACCUGGAGGUCAGAGGUCAGCCAGAUUGGCUUCAGAGGAAGAGGCGAAACGGAAAAGGGAGGAAAGUGAAUGGGAAGAGGAGGCGAUGGUGCUAAAGAAAAGGAAAUCCGGUGCAGAGGAGUCUGAAAAGAUUGGAGCUCAGUCUGAAAGAGAAGCAGCAGACUUUGCUGCAUCAUUAUGCCACGCUGUCCAGCAGGGGGCCAUAGAGAGCCACUCCCAGCCGUCACACUACCUCUAUGUCCCCAACAGUGCAGGUUUGAACAACUUUAACUUCCUCAUCCCGGCCGGACAGCCACCAGCCGGCAUGUCCCUCCCCCCCGGCGGCGUCCCCACCAUGGCCCUGCCCUACGUCCUGUUGCCAUCUGUCUCCCACUACCCCCUAAUCGCCGGCAGCGUACAGCAGCAGCAGCAAACCUCUGACAAUCUGAGCUUCACCAUGUCCACUAUGAUGUCACCAGCUGCCUUUAUGGUGGGGGCGGCGCCUCGCGGAGUAACAGAGGCAUCAGAAACACACCUCCUAUCACCAGUCGCCCCCGACCAGGGCAGGCCCCUCCUGUCAGCAGGGACACCUCGUUCUCCUUCAGGACCCAGAGAGAACGUCAGUGUUUACACACCAGAACCCUCAACGCCACAUACUCCUAAGGAAACCACAUCUUCCUCUUCCAAAGCCUUCUUCCAGACGCCGGGGACUCUGGGAAGUGUAGUUAGGACGGCGCCAGCUGCUCGAAAAAGAGGCUCCGCCCAGAGGAGACUGGACAUCGGCCACGCUGCUGCUCCCUGAUGAGAAGCAGAGUUAAAAUAAGAUGAUCCUUAUUUUAAAAGAAAAAUGUUUGUUUUUAUUUUACCACUCUGAAGACGUUUCUGUUAGCAGAUCGAAUGUGCCUUGUUAAUCUCCACGACCAUUUCACCAUAAAUUCGUCAACCAGUGUUGCCAAUUUACCAGUGCCCUCUUGUGGUGAGAGCCAGUAGCUGCCAUAUAUAUAUAUAUAUAUA